AUGGAGCACUUAAUCCGGUCAGCAAUACAGGCUACCAAUCUGCGCACCAUUGGACGGCUCGCGCUCAAUGGAACUAGCACGUUCUGCGCUUGCGCGCUGAUCUGGGAGCACCUGAUAACUGUCCAGCUCAGCGAGGGACCGUCGAUGUACCCUACCUUCGACGUACGAGGUGACUGGCUUCUGAUAUCGCGUGUCCACCGCAACGGAAAAGGAAUCGAGGUCGGAGAUGUCGUGCGCUACGGCCACCCGAACUUUCAAGGCGUGCAUGUGGCCAAGCGGGUAGUGGGGAUGCCUGGGGAUUUUGUCUGUCAAGAUAAACCGCUUAGUACGAGUAUUGGCAAGGAGGGAAAUAUGAUUCAGAUCCCCGAAGGUCAUGUCUUUCUGGCCGGCGACAAUCUUCCCUGGUCAAGGGAUUCGAGAAAUUACGGUCCAGUACCCAUGGGUCUCAUUAAUGGAAAGAUAAUUGCCAGGGUAUGGCCUUUGUCGAAGAUGGAGUGGGUGACCAAUCCGUUGCAACCGGCGCAGCUGGAUUCCCGGAACAUUUGA